AUGGCUCAGCAUGAACUUGCUGACAGUGAGAGUCAUGAGACAACGAACUUGUCUGCUUUCCAGCUGCAGGACUAUUGUUUCUCAAAAACCCAGAUGGCAAGAUUUCAGGAUGAAAGAGAGAAGCUGGCUGCAGCCCUAGGGGAGCAGAGUGAGGAGCUGAAUGGGCAUGCAGGCAUAACCAAAAUGAACAAACUGUGGCUCCAGAGUAUUUCCUUCUUCCUUUUAUUCCAUUACACUACGUGUUGUGAAAACCUGACCUGUUUUGUGGAUUAUGUACAGACCCUGUCCUGUGUCCUGAGAAGUGACUUGGGUGCCAGCUCUUAUAACCUCACUGCGACAUGGGUUUCUGAGGAAGACCCGGAAAAUCCUGUGGCUGCCUGCAGUCUUCUGCAACAGUCCAGGAACAUGAGUCACACACAGUACAUGUGCACUGUGGACAUGACUCAGCUCCUGGCAGAUAUCAAAGUCCAGGUGCAAACAGACGACAGACAGACUGUGAUUUCCGAAGACUUUUAUAUGGGAGAUAACGUAAAACCCCAGCCUCCAUUCAAUCUGACUGCCACUUUCUCUGAGGGUUACAAUGUUUCCUGGGAAACCAUCUACCAGAACUCUCCUUACUACUUUUUAAAUGAGGAGCUGGAAUAUCAACUGCGUUAUAAGAGAAGGACUGACACCUGGGAGGCUCAGAAGACUAAAGCUGUCCAUCAAGACGUACGGACACUGGUGAUCCUGCCAUGGGAGCUGCAGGUGAACGCCGAGUACGAGCUCCAAGUGCGAGCCAAACCGCGCGAGGGCAGCAGCUACGGCGGGGUCUGGAGCGAGUGGAGCCUGCCACUGGCACUGACAACCAGGCCUGCCGCAGUGACACAGACAGCAGGCAUGGGAUGGCUGCUGCUGUUUGGUGUUAUUGUGGCAAUCACUGCCUCAAUCGCAACCGUUCUGGCCAAACAGCAGAGCUUGUGGAAGAAGGUGGCUUGCAUCCCAGAUCCUGCUUCCUUUUUUAGACCUCUUUACCUAGUGCAUAAUGGAGAUUUCAAGAAGUGGGUUGGUGCAUCCCAUAUGAAUUUUAUUGAAUGGGGAAUAGUCCUUCCAGAAGUCCUAGAAGUUUACACCAUGUGUCCUUCCAGCAGCACUACACGGGAGGAGCUGUGUGAGCUGAGAAAAGAUCUGUCUUGCAAGCCCUGCAUGUCUUGCCUGACUGUCCCAGGUCAGGACAGCCAGUCCCCACUGUCUGUUGUGAACAGCAGCGGUGGGACGAAAGACCAGUCAUAUGGGCACUUGUCCAUUGAUACUGUGACUGUGGCUGAUGGAUUUACACCUUGUAACUGCCACUGCAGCUGUAGCCAUGUGUACAGGGGACAGGAGCAUACCAGUGAGGAUAACAGUGCUGGAGAAACUGGUUACCCCAAGGUUAAUGUUGAUGAUGAAGACAGAAAGGUAGCCAGUGGCUUGCAUCUGGCUGACCUGAAUGCACAGGACAAAAUACUUGCCUCAGGUUCUGUGUCCACAGACCACCUGAGGAGUACAAGUGUCCCUGCCCACCAGAAAGUAGAAAGGGCUUUGGAAGGGGUGAUGGGGAGCAUCCUAGAAGACCUCUGCUUGCAGCCUGAUCAGUGGGAUUUGGAAAAUCCAGUUUCUCUGCCUUCUCCUGAUGGUGAAAGUGUUUCCUACAGUGAAGGAUCCUGUGACUUCUUCCCUCACACUGCAAGGCCUGGUGACAGUUACCCAAUGAUCUGUUUAGAUUUGGACACUAUUGACAGUGGCUUUGUGGACUCAGACUGUGGGAGCCCAGCUGAGUGUGAAUUUGAGCAGAACAGCCAGGCCAGCUGUGCCUCCAUCCCUCUGGAGCUGGUGGGGGAGGACUUUCCACGGAGCUAUGUCAAGCAGUGGGUGUCCUGUCGCUCUGACAGCCCUGUCAGUGGAACACACACAAGCUAA